AUGAACGCAUUCGAACGCAGGCAAUGCCUUAAAGAUACACGUGUAGAGGUUCUGGACGAAAUCAAGAAGUGGCUUUUAUCAGACACCAAUCGGAACAUUUUAUGGCUUCGUGGCAUUGCAGGUUCUGGAAAGAGCACUAUCGCGACGACAAUCGCAGAACAUUGUCGUGGCAUGCCGCGUCUCGGAGCAUUUCUGUUUUUCAACCGAGCUGACGCUGCUGAUGAUCGGCUUACUUCCAUCUUCCGUACGAUUGCUUUCCAGCUGGCCUUGUUCGACUCAUCAAUAGCGAAAUACAUCGCAAGUGCUGCACAGAAGGGUGGACAUAAUGCAACAGCAGAAGUCCAGUUCAGGGAACUUCUUAUGAAGCCACUCACUGCAGUGAGAGAUAAGGUACAUGGCCCGAUCAUUAUCAUCCUUGAUGCACUGGAUGAUAUGAACAACUAUAAAAAAUUGUUAGGAAGUCACAUCUACUUUAUAGUCUUAACUAGUUGUAAGUUGUAUUAUUUCUACAUUCAAACCCUGAGUCCUACAGCUCUUUUUAGGUUAGCUCCAACUGGCCACUCACAAAUCAACUUGAAUUUUACUAAACUUGUGUCUACGUUUGCUAUUCCCAUGACCGAAAGCACUUCCCAUAUUUACGUCUCCAUGCUCCCACUCAUGAGGGAUGAAUCGGAGGUGGCAGCUCACUAUUCGAAGCGAACAUCCCGGAUGGUGGAGGUGGAUCGAAUAGGGACGAAACGGCCACCGAUGUGGUUGAAAGUCUUGGAGGGGCAUUCGGAUAUUGUCUGGUCUGUCGUGUUCUUGCCUGGUGGGGAGUGUGUUGUGUCAGGCUCCAAUGACGGAACAGCCAGAAUAUGGGACGUUGAGAGUGGUCAGAUGCUAUGCGAACUUUCUGAAGAGAACGGAGCCGCUGUCACUUCUGUUGCGUUCUUGCCAGACGGCCGUCGCAUUGCCUCUGGGUCGAAGGACUCAGCAGUCCGAAUUUGGGACGUCGAGUCGAGGGAGGUGGUCCUGGGGCCAUUUAAGGGACAUACAAGAAGUGUGUGGGCUGUUAUGUUUUCACCUGAGAAUACGCACGUCGCCUCAGGUUCGAAGGAUACAACAAUUAGAGUGUGGGAUAUUAAGAGUACAUCCACUGUCCAUAUUCUUCAAGGCCACACAGCUGCUGUCCUUUCUGUCGUCUUCUCCUCUGAUGGUAAACAUAUCGUUUCGGGCUCCAAGGAUAAGACAAUUCGAGUUUGGGACACGAUGACUGGGCAGGCCAUUGGCGAGCCUUUUGUAGGACACACUGGCGAAAUUUGGUGCGUGGGAAUCUCGCUCGAGGGUAGGCACAUUGUGUCCGGCUCGAGUGAUUGCACAGUGAAGGUCUGGGACAUGGAAAGCCGGAAAGUCGUCGCUGGCCCAUUCUGGCAUUCAGACUGGGUUUCGUCCGUCACCUUUUCCCCCGACGGAAGGCGUGUUGUGUCGGCAUCCGAGGACCACACAAUUGUCGUCUGGGACUGGAAAAACGGUGACAUUAGUUCUGGGCCAUAUACUGGUCAUGCCGGUGCUGUUAGCUCUGUUGCCUUCUCCCCUGAUGGGUCACAAAUCGUCUCAGGAUCCGAUGAUAAGACUGUCAGACUCUGGGACACGUCGAUUGGCAGAAUUGCAUCCGAUCCCACUGUCAGGCACACAGAUGCCGUCUCCUCCAUUGCUUUCUCGCCAGAUGGCAGUCGGAUAGUGUCGAGUUCAAAGGAUAAAACUGUCAGGCUCUGGGACACUACAACAUUUGAAGCAGUUUCCGCACCCUUCGUGGGACAUACAGAUGAUGUUAAUUCUGUGGCAUUUUCACCUGACGGAAGACACAUCGUCUCUGGAUCUGAUGAUAAGACCGUCAUUAUCUGGGAUGUAAGCAGUGGUGAGAUGGUAUUCACGCCGUUCGCGGAGCACACCAAUUCUGUCAAUUCAGUCGCAUUUUCUCAUGACGGUACACGUAUUGUCUCUGGCUCUGAUGACAGGACUAUUAUUAUCUGGGAUUCAGACAAUGAUAUCAUUAUUCGUGAUGUGCAUAUCGACAAGAUCGAAGUUAGACUGCUGAAAGGACAUCGCGACACAGUCACGUCCGUUGCAUUUUCACCUGACGGGGCAUACCUCGUUUCCGGGUCAUACGAUCGGUCGCUUAUUGUAUGGGAUGCAACCAACGGAAAUAUCGUUUCUGGGCCAUACGAAGGCCAUCCUAGUGGUGUUACCUGUGUUGCAUUUUCACCGAACAGUUCUUGUAUUGUUUCCUGCUCUUUCUAUGGAAUAAUCCGAAUUUGGGACGUGGGACAUCAGGGUGAUUCUUCUGUAUCUACCGGAGUGACAUCGAACAAUGCAGUCCCCUCAUCCGUGCCUGUGCUAGACGUCAACGAAAACUUUUCAAAGUGGAUCUUAGCCGAUAACGGAUGGGUAUUAGGACCAGGAGGCAAGUUGCUUCUGUGGCUUCCUCCUGACAUUCGUCCAACUCUCUGGCGACCACAGAACACGGCCGUUUUUAGUUGCGAGUUUUCCACAAAGCUUAAUUUCAGGAAUGUUGCAUAUGGCCAAUAUUGGCAGGAAUGUUUCAAUCCAGAUUUACGACUUUGA